AUGUUCGAGGAAAAUUUAUUUAAUAUGAGGAAAAUCCAACUUUUGAUUACGAUGGUUUUCGAAUCUAAACACCCAAAAAUACAAAUUCCUCAAGAAGGAAUUUAUCAAUAUAUGACUAGCAAUCCUGAAAAAAUUCCUGAUAAUAAGGUUAUUUAUAUAGAUGGGAUUACUGGUAAAACUAUUACUUACGGCGAAUUUAAACAUGAAUCGAAAAAAUUUGCUGCAGGAUUGCAAGAUAAAUUGGAAUUUAAACGUGGAAAAGUAACGACUGCUAAUCCGAAAUACAGAGCAACUGAAUUAUCAUAUCAACUAACCGAUUCAGGUGCAUCUGUUCUGAUCGUGCAUCCAGAAUUUCUUGAAACCGCUAUUGAAGCUUCAAUUGAGGCAAAAAUUCCCUCAUCCAGAGUAUUAUUGUUUGGUGAUGAAGAAAUAAAAGGGUACAAGCCUUAUCGCUCUGUUUUAAUCGGUGAUCGUGAAAUUGAGCCGGUUUCUUACACUCCCGAAGAAGCAAGAACAACGACUGCUUAUUUACCUUAUAGUUCUGGUACAACCGGAAAGCAAAAAGGUGUCGAACUUACUCACACAAACAUAAAUGUUAAUUUAGCUCAAUUAAUCGGUAGUAAUUGUGGCCUUGGUCCACACAGUAUAUUUAUGGGACUGUUACCAUUUUUCCACAUUUAUGCAUUAACUUGCAUCCUUCAUGGGACCUUAAUUCAUGGUGCUACAACUAUCAUUCUUCCAUGCUUCAAUGUGGAAACAUUUUGUGAAGCGAUUCAAAAAUAUAGGAUCAAUCAAAUUCAUGCUGUUCCGCCAAUUAUCCUUAAACUUGUCAAUGACCCUGUAGUUCAAAAUUUUGAUAUAUCAAGUGUGAAUUUGAUCUUAAGUGCGGCAGCACCGUUAAGUGAUGAAUUAGAAAAAAAGUUUAAUGAGAUGUAUAAAGUGCCGAUUUUGCAAGCUUAUGGUCUUACUGAAACGUCUCCGAUAUUGCAUUAUCCUGAUACAAAGAACAUAAAUAAUUCAGUUCCAGGUUCUAUUGGAUAUCUUCUUCCGAAUGUGAAAGCUAAAAUAUUGUCAGAAAGUGGUGAUGAAUUGGGAUAUAAUGAACCUGGAGAAAUGUGGGUUCAUGGCCCAAAUGUUAUGAAAGGUUAUCUUAAUAAUAAAGAAGCUACAAAUGCCGUCUUUGACAAAGAUGGAUUUUUUAAUACGGGAGAUAUUGCAUGUGUUGACGAACAAGGGAACUUUUUUAUUGUUGAUCGAAAAAAAGAGUUAAUCAAAUACAAAGGUUUUCAAGUGGCACCUGCUGAAUUAGAAGCAGUUCUGCUUACACAUGAUGCAGUAUCAGAUACUGCUGUAAUAGGAUAUUAUUCUGAAGAAGAAGCAACCGAAUUACCUAUAGCAUAUGUCACAGUUAAACAUGGAUAUGAGCAAUCUCAAGCUUUAGCGAAGGAAAUUCAAUCUUUUGUAGGUGGAAAAGUUGCGCCACAUAAAAAAUUAAGAGGUGGUAUAUUAUUUAUUAAUAAAAUUCCGAAAAGUGAUUCUGGUAAAAUUCUAAGAAGGUUAUUGAGAGAAAAAUUAAAGAAUGAAAAAAUGAAUUAA